AUGGAGCCCUGGAACUCCACCUUGGGAAAUGGCUUCAUCUUGAUGGGGAUUCUGAAUGACAGUGGGUCUCCUGAGCUGCUCUGCUCCACAAUCGCUGUCCUGUACAUGUUGGCCCUGACCAGCAAUGGCCUGCUGCUCCUGGUCAUCACAGUGGAUGCCCGGCUCCACGUGCCCAUGUAUCUCCUGCUCAGCCAGCUUUCUCUCAUGGACCUGUUGUUUGCAUCUGCAGUGUCUCCCAAAACUAUUGUGGAUUAUCUGCAGGGUGAGAGCAUCAUCUCCUAUGGAGGCUGUGCCUUUCAGUUGUUUGCCAUCCUGAUCCUGGGUGGUGCAGAGGACCUCCUACUGGCCUUCAUGGCUUAUGACAGGUAUGUGGCCAUUUGCCAUCCUCUGAACUACAUGGUCCUCAUGAGGCCGAGGGUCUGUUGGCUCAUGGUGGCCGCAUCCUGGAUCCUGGCGUCCCUGAAUGCUGUGAUACACACCUCAUAUACUAUGCACUUCCCUUUCUGCAUGUCCCGGGAGAUUAGCCAUCUGGUCUGUGAGAUUCCAGCUCUUCUCAAGUUGGCCUGUGCAGACACCUCAACAUAUGAGCUCAUGGUAUAUGUGAUGGGUGUAACCUUUCUCAUGCCUCCCCUUGCUGCUAUCCUUGCCUCUUACACAUUUGUCCUAGUUGCUGUUUUCCACAUGUCCUCAGGUGAGGGGAGACAGAAAGCCCUCGUCACAUGCUCAUCACACCUGACUGUGGUAGGAAUGUACUAUGGAGCCGCCAUGUUUAUGUAUAUCUUGCCCAGUUCCUACCACAGUCCUCAAGAGGACAACAUCAUUUCUGUAUUUUAUUCUGUCAUUACUCCAGCCCUGAACCCUCUUAUCUAUAGUCUGAGAAACAAGGAGGUAAUAGGGGCCCUCAGAAGGGUACUGGGGAGAUGUGCCUCUGCCCAGAGACUGUAGAUGCCAAUGUCAUGUGGAAGCCUUAGAGCUUCCACGUGAUAUCCCAAUUCUGCUCUUGGUGUUGAGCCUUCUUCAAUAUUUUCAAAAUUUUAAAAAUCCAAAACAAUUGGAAUAGCCAUCAGUAAAUACCUGAAACUAUCAGCUACAACCCAGA